UAGAACUAGGAAUUUGGAUAUCCCAAAGAAGCCGAAUUGAGGCUAGAGAUGAUAGGAACAAGCAAAGGUGACUCGCACCAAUCAAGCACAACAUUCCUUGCGUCAUGAAUCAAGAAUCAUGAUGCUAAAUAUUCUGGUGCCGCUAAUGAUAUUUAAACACAGGGAGACAGGUUUAAGCAAUACCUCUCUGUUUUCCAAAGCCAUAGUGGCAUCUCCACUUUAGCAUCUUCCUCCUAUUUAUAUCUUUCGCUGCUUUUUUCACAUCAUUCUGUUUCUGUCUCUGCCUUUUCGAAUAGUCCUUGUCUUGCUGAGCUUCCUCCACCCUUCACACCCCAUUUCGCAUGAAGGCUUUGAGCACAUCUCAUCUUUUCUCUUCCGUGAAGUCUUUGUCAGACAAAUUAGGAGGCAUGCUUUGUUGUCGUGGUUCGGCAAACAAGUAUAGCAAGCUGGAUGCAAAGCUUGAAAAGAGAAUGGCUGAAUUUAAAAGAGGUUCUUCAGGCCAAAGCAAUUUUAAGUCAAUUGACAGCAUAAUUUUGAGGUUCCCUCAGUUUAGGGAAGAACUGAAGAACAUAAGAAAUGUGUUUGACCUGUAUGAUGAGGACUCAAAUGGAGCUAUAGACCGCGAGGAACUGAAGAAAUGCUUACAGAAACUGCAACUCCAUCUGACAGCAGAAGAGAUUGAGGAUCUUUUUCAUUCAUGUGAUAUGGAUGGGAGUGAAGGGAUACAAUUCAAUGAAUUCAUUGUUCUUCUAUGUCUCAUCUAUCUAUUAAAGGACCCUCACACGACAUCGAAGAUAGACUCUCCACAGCUAGAAGCAACUUUUGAUACUGUCAUUGAAGUAUUUUUGUUUCUGGAUAAAAAUGGUGAUGGAAAACUGAACAAGACAGAAGUGGUGAAGGCACUGAAUGAAGCUUCUCCGCGGGAAAAAUCUCCUGCUCAUGUCAGCAGGAAUCGAUUCAAGGAAAUGGAUUGGGACAAAAGUGGGAAGGUGAGUUUCAGGCAGUUCCUCUUUGCUUUCAUCGAUUGGGUUGGAAUUGAAACAGAUGAAGAAAUAUCUCAAGAACAAAGUUAAGGCUAACAGUAUAGCAUUGAAUUUGGUUGAAUAGCUGUUGCAAAUGAGGUCAGAUGAUACAUUUAUGUAUAUUUCCAAAGUCUCGUAAGAUUUGUAUGAAACAGUUUAGCUCUUGUGUCAUCUUCGGAUCAUCUAUGAUUUCUGUAAAGGUUGGACCUCUUAUGAAUCAUCAUGAUUGCUAAUAUAUGGAAUAUAUGAUUGCAUUUCGUGUA